UCAUUCCUCUCCUUUCAUUCCUCUUCUCUCAUUCUCUUCCUGUUCCAUACCGUUUCAUGUUUCAUCUGAAUCACACUCAGUAGUAGCCUAUUUUCUUUCCCAUUUUCCAGAAUCGCCCGGACAAAAAGAUGCCCUCCUCGUUUCUCUUCACCAGUGUCUUAAGAUCUCCCGCUUUCCUCACGUCCCCUUCCGCACAAGUUCCCCAUUUUCCUUCUGCUUCUGCUUUCAAUGCUGGUCAUUGUCAUCUUCCAUACCCAUUGCCACGCAUGGGUUAAAGAAUGUGGGUUUCGUUGUUUUGGGACUUGGGAGAUCUUUCAAUCAAAUCCUACCAAGUUUUCAGCUUUUCUGGGUUUCGUUCAGCAUCCUUUCGCUGGUCGCAAUGCAAUUAGGUUAUCCGCAAAAUGAUUUGGACUUAUCUCCUGGAAAAAGCUUGGAUGGAAGUUUCAGGAAGUCUAGUUCUGUUAUCUCAGCUGCUCAUAGUGUCUCUGCAACUUCAGGAACUAGCAAGUUUGUUCCUAUUUCCAGAAGAGUAUACAGAGGGCUCAAGGACUGUGGAAGAAAACUUCUUGACCUGGAUAUUUUCACACAAAAUCUCGAGGAUUGGGUUUUGGAGAAUCUACAUGCUAACUCAGAGGAAAGGAAGCAAUAUUUCAGUUCUCCCUUCACAACCAGUGAGUUGCGUAAGCUUGAUUUGGCAUUGGAGGGGGUUUCAUUCCAACAACUGGUACGAAUGCCAAACUCCUCUGAAGUUUCUGAUGAUCUUAUUGAAGAUCAUCUCAUUGAAGAUCAGUAUCUAGCAGUUGAAGACUUCCUUCACGCCACUAUCAUUGGCCUCUGGCGUACAUUUUGGCAUAAAAGCGGGCCUCUGCCACUUUUUGUGUCUUGUACCUCUCAUCCUGGUUCCAAGUUCUACAGUGUUGAAAAGGCAAUAUCAAGGGGAAGGCUUAAGGAACUGCGUGGCUUAGCUCUGAUGGCAAAAACUGGGUGUGAUUUGAAAGCUAGAUGGGAUCAAGUGGUGUCAUUUGCAUUGUUUAGGCCUGAAGUAAUAUCAGAAAAUGGGCUGAGAAUUUCUUCUCGCACUAUAUUUGUAGAUUCCAAGCAUGGAGGGGUCGUGAGGUUGAGUGGUGACCUUGGCAAACUUGAUUUAUUAAACUCCAGCAAUCCGUACCAAUCUGUGGCUGAAUGGAUCAAAACCUGUGCUGAUGUUGGUGUCACCCCAGCAGAAUCAAUAUGGAACCGACUAGGAAAUGCAAACUGGGGGGAUAUGGGAACCUUGCAGGUACUCUUGGCAACUUUCUAUUCUAUUGCUCAAUGGAGGGGGCCGCCAAGAAAGUCAGUAGCUUCACUAAUCUCAGAUCAUGGCCUUCGCCUUCAAAAGCGCAGAACCGAGUGCUGUAUUAUUGAGAGUGAAAAUGCACUGAUUCCUUACCAAGGAUCAGCUAACUAUGAAGCUGGAGAGAUUGUUGAACUCGACGAGAAUGAUUUCUUUCUUAGGAAGCAAACAUCACGCCUGAAGCUUAAGCAGGGCGAGUAUUGCUCUUGGAAGAUCCACAACAAGGUCAGAGAAGUUUCCAGAUUCAGGAGUCUGUUGUAG